AUGCGAACUUAUAUCCUCGACGAUGCAGCGUUUGAACUAGUGAGCGCAGCAGCAGAUGAUUAUCCUUUUAAACAGGCCGAUCUGCCCAGCUUUGCCCGAAACGCAUCGCCCUUCCGCCUUGAGUCAUAUCUCGUAUUGGAAUACAUUCUGGCCACGGAUCUCAAGCAACAUUUUGAAAUCAUCAUGACAUUCAAUGAAAAGAGCAGUGAAAUGGAAUUGCAAAAUGAGUCCGAUCGCUUAUUAAUGGCGAAAAUGGUAAUCAAAAUGGCCUGA